UUGGAACGUUGAGAAAUUGGUGUUGCUCUAGCCCCGCUCCUUCUUCUCAUCAUCAUCAAACCCGCCAUCCAUCCGCCAUCAUGUCACCCGUUCCCACUUCAGAGAACAAUGCCAAUCCACUGCCGGAAAUGCCCGCUGGAGAUCCUAUGCAGGCACAACAGCCGCCGGCGAGCGUCUCUCAGCUGCCCAAUGAGGCGUUGCAGCUUGCCGCAAAGCUCUUCGACCUGGCUAGACAAGGCGACGAGACCCUAAUCCAAUACAUGGAGGCUGGCAUUCCGCCAAACUUCACCAAUAACCGCGGCGACACGCUCCUGAUGCUCGCCGCUUAUCAUGGUCAUACCGCUCUCGUCCGCCGCAUGCUUUCCCUCCCCACACCGCCUGAUACCAAUCAGCUCAAUGGGCGUGGCCAGUCCAUUCUGGCAGGCGUCCUCUUCAAGGGGCACGACGAGCUUAUUCCCAUCCUCUUGGAAGCUGGAGCAGACCCGCUGGCAGGACAGCCGAAUGCAGAGGACUCGGCCAAGAUGUUCAACAAGUGGAACGAGGAGCUCAAGGGAAUGUUUGAGGGGGCGAGAGGGAGGGGAAUAGGCGCAAGAGAUGCGCCGCCUCCGGUCGAGGAUAGAGAGGAAGUGAGGAGAGUGCCAGGUGGGACGGCGCCUACGAAUGCGGCAGGUGGACAAGGCGGGGCGCCGGCAGCAUGAUCUGUGCGCUUUGCCUUCGCACAAUACAACGAUUGUAAUAUACGGAUACUCGUGUGGUCAUGCUAUGUUAUUCGCGCUAAGACUACAUU